AUGUUUUCCAGCCUCAAUCCCGUUCCAUCUUUCCCCAGAUACCGUGGCCCGCUCAGUGUAGGCACCUCCGAGUAUGAAAUACUGAUCUCUGACAUUUCCUCUACGUCGAAAGUACCCGAUCCUACCAUAUCAACAAUAAAGUUUCGAACCUUCUACCCUACCCAAUCCACGGAAGACGAGGACUUUUCUGCGAGGUGGCUCCCGGAACCACAAAAGGAAUGGGUUCAGGCAUAUUGUGACUUUUUGAAUGCGCCUCCUAAGAUCGCAAGCUUCUUCUCCCAUAUCCCGAUACCGUUGAGAUACACAACGAUCCCAGCAAACCGCGACGCAUCGUUCCUUUCAAAGGGCCCCUCCGCUCGAUGGCCUGUGCUCAUCUUCUCGCAUGGCCUGGGAGGCUCGUGCAAUGCAUACAGCCAUCUCUUAGGCUCUCUAGCCAGCUGCGGUGUAGUCUGCAUCGCACCCGAGCAUCGUGAUCAAAGCGCCCCGGUCUCGCUCAUUCGACAAGUCGAUGGAAGCACGAAGGUCGUGCGAUAUAAAAAGAUGUCGCACGAUCCCAGUCCUGAAGUUCUGAGCCAAAGGAAUGAGCAGCUGCGCGUUCGUCUGUGGGAAUUAGAACUUCUUUAUACUGCCCUCUCAAGUCUCAACAACGGCGAAAAUCUGAAGAACUUGGCUGACACAAGCGCUCCUUCUAUGAGUGGGAAAUUGGACCUCGGGCCAUCGAAAGUGGCCUGGGCCGGACAUUCUUUUGGUGCAGCGACCGUGGUUCAGUUUGUCAAAUCUGUUUUCUGGCACCAGACCGUGCCGGAGACGGCCAGCGAGCGUCGAAGCAGGUCAAUGUUCCAAUCUCUGUAUACUCCAGCCGAGAAUUCUCCUUUGAAAGAACAAAUCACCCCUCAGUCGCCAGUUGUGUUGCUCGACCUUUGGACUAUGCCAUUACGCGGCGAUGAGACCCUCUGGCUAUGGGAGAAGCCUCUUCCCUGCUACACCGGGGAUGAGCAGCCGAAAAACAACGUCCUUGCAAUCAUGAGUGAGCAGUUUUACAACUGGACGAGCCUCCUCGAACGUAUGAAAGCAGUGCUUUCAAAGAAUCCAGCCGAGCAGGAAAGAUCGAGGGGCUCGAGUGGUACCAAAUCGCAUGGGCCUCGCCUCUUCUAUUCUCCCAAUACGGCCCAUCUCAGUCAAUCCGACUUCGGUGUGUUGUUCCCCUGGGCCACGAAGAAAUGGUUGCGUGCUGAAGAGCCAGAGAGGACGCUGUUGUUGAAUACACGGGCCAUCCUUCAGCUCCUUCGGGAGAACCAGAUCUCGGUUGAGGGCAUCAAGAUGGAAGAGAAUGCGGAGGGCGACGAGCUCACCUUGAACGACGAGCUGAUUCUUGCUGAGCAUGGCAAUAUUCAGGGUUGGGUCCCUGUCCCGAUAGGUUAG